AUGUGGGAGGCCGCCAUCCAGCCAACUAGUAGUAUUGGGCUGGAGGAGGCACCUAAAACUUGUAUAUUAAAGUGGGACAAUACCAACCCUUUUUGCAAGGUGGAGUACCGUGUGGACGAAUGCAGCUCCGAAGACCGAGCCAAAAACAACUGCGUCGACAUGAAGACGACCAAAGAAAUGGUGUCCCAUGGAGGCGACCUUGUCUACGCCGUCGCUCACCUGCAUAGAGGUGGCCUCGGUUCCUCGUUGCAUGGACAGGACGGCCGCCUGCUCUGCAAAUCCAUGCCAAUCUACGGCACGGGGCAGGAGGCCGGGAACGAGGAGGGAUACAUCGUCGGCAUGUCAACAUGCUAUCCGGAGCCAGGUACGGUGAAGGUAAGCCAUGGUGAGGUGCUGACCAUGGUCUCCAACUACAGCAGCGAGCGGCAGCAUAUGGGGGUCAUGGGCCACUUCUACAUCCUUGUGGUGGAUCAGCAGGAGCAGGCUCUCAACAAACCGGCCCUUUGCUUCAGCUUCCCAUACUCAUGGUGCGUGCCGGCAUGGAUGUGGAGCAACCAGAUGUGAGAGAAGCACAUAUAUGCUUACAGUGAGUUAUACAUCGUCCCGUAAGAAAAUAAG